GCUGUGACUCUGAGAGAGCCUGUGAGCGAGCGUGGGCUGGGUCUGCUGCUGGGUCUGUGAACGGGGAGGGAGAGCGCUCGGUCUGCAGGGCGCACAGAUAACCUGGGAGAUUCACCCGCUGCUUUUCCCUCUCUCCCACAAGGGGAACUCAUGUCUGGCUUAUAGACAUGAAGACCUUUGUGCAUUCCAGGACUUUUCUGUUUCUCGCCCUUUCUGCUGCUCAGGUCCUGUUUGUCCGGUGCCAGGACGGAAACAGUGGAGAUGACCUGAGCUGUACAGAGAAUGGGCAGAUCUACACCAAUCGGGAUGUUUGGAAACCGGAGCCAUGCCGGAUCUGUGUGUGUGACAGCGGCACCAUCCUCUGUGACGAGUAUGCGUGUGAGACGGUGACCGACUGCGAGAAUCCGACCGUCCCCGAAGGGGAGUGCUGUCCUGUGUGUGGUUCCAGCAACAGCGGAGGCAACACCAACGCUGGAAGGGUAUUUAAGGGUCAGAAGGGAGAACCUGGAGAUGUGCCGUAUAUCGUCGGAAUAAGGGGUCGUGGAGGACCAAUGGGCCCUCCCGGAGCGGCAGGGUUUCGAGGGGACCGCGGGCCCAAAGGAAGACCGGGUCCACGAGGUUCACCUGGGUAUGAUGGAGAGCCAGGAGUCCCGGGGCAGCCAGGAGAGCCAGGACCACCUGGACACCCAUCACAUCCUGGGGGUGAGUUGGUCUCUCAGAUGUCAGGAGGCUUUGAUGAGAAGUCCGGAGCAGCAGGUCAAACUGCUAUGGUCCCUGGAACAAGGGGGGAGGCUGGAGUUAGAGGACCUCCAGGACCUACUGGCCAACCUGGGCCUCCAGGGAUUCAGGGCCCUCCUGGUGAGGUUGGCGAUCCAGGAUACAUGGGUACUUCUGGUCCUAGAGGCCCUGAAGGUCCUCCGGGCAAAAUGGGUGAAGAUGGAGAGUCGGGGAAAUCAGGAAACUCUGGAGAAAGGGGAUUUCCUGGUUCUCCGGGGGCGAGAGGUUUUCCAGGGACACCCGGCCCCCCAGGCUUGAAAGGCCACAGAGGACACCAAGGACCUGUUGGUGUUAGAGGUGAAACUGGUGCUGUUGGGUCAAAGGGAGAGUCUGGCCCCACAGGUCCUUUGGGCGGCCCUGGCCCUCUGGGUCCCAGGGGAAUGCCAGGAGAGAGAGGUCGGGUGGGUCCUGGAGGACUGCCGGGCACACGUGGAUCACCUGGCAAUGUUGGAAAACCAGGUCCAAUGGGUCCUCUGGGGCUCAGUGGCCCCCCAGGGUUCCCAGGAAACCCGGGUAUGAAGGGAGAGGCUGGCCCCACAGGGGUCCGUGGCACAGAGGGUCCCCAGGGCCAGAGGGGAGAGACGGGUCGUCAGGGAACAUCUGGUUCAGCUGGCCAACAGGGUCCAUCGGGUACAGAAGGAGGGCCAGGAGCCAAGGGACCAAUAGGAGCUGUUGGCCCUCAGGGGCCAGGAGGUCUGCUUGGCCCUCCAGGGCCUCCGGGACCCCAGGGAAGCACCGGCCAGCCAGGCGUGAAAGGCCAACUGGGAGACAUUGGAGUGCCUGGCUUCAAAGGAGAGGCAGGGCCUAAAGGAGAACAGGGCCCGCCCGGUGCCCAAGGGCCGCUCGGACCGCAAGGAGAGGAGGGGAAGAGAGGUGCGCGCGGGGACUCUGGUUCCAUUGGUCCACAGGGCGGUGUUGGUGAGAGGGGUGCCCCUGGCAACAGAGGAUUUCCCGGAGCCGACGGAUUGCCUGGACCUAAGGGUGCACAAGGAGACAGAGGAACCGGUGGAGUGCCUGGCCCAAAAGGUUCUUCUGGUGACCCGGGGCGCACUGGAGAGCCCGGCCUCCCUGGCGCACGGGGCCUGACGGGAAAUCCUGGAGUGCAGGGGGCGGAGGGCAAGCCAGGCCCGCUGGGGGGUCCCGGGGAGGACGGACGUCCGGGCCCAGCCGGAUCCAUCGGAACCAGAGGACCCGCUGGAUCCAUGGGCCUGCCAGGCCCAAAGGGAUUUAACGGAGAUCCAGGGAAAACUGGGGAACAGGGAAAUCCUGGAGUACCGGGACAAAGAGGGCCACCAGGGAAAGAAGGAGAAGUUGGGCCGGCAGGUGCUGCUGGUCCUGCAGGUCCCGCGGGUGAACGAGGAGAGCAAGGACCUCCCGGUGUCAACGGGUUCCAGGGCUUACCUGGAAGUGCCGGCCCACCUGGAGAACCAGGCAAGCCAGGUGAUCAGGGUAUUCCAGGAGAAGGCGGGGCCGUUGGUCAGAUUGGCCCGAGGGGGGAGCGUGGAACCCCAGGGGAGAGGGGGGAACUUGGGUCUCACGGUCUGCAAGGAUCGAAAGGAGUCCCGGGAGCAGCUGGGCCAGAUGGGCCAAAGGGCAAUCCCGGGCCAGCGGGCGCACUGGGCGACCUUGGCCCUCCUGGGCUUCAGGGAAUGCCGGGAGAGAGAGGAGGCUCUGGACCCCCCGGGCCAAAGGGUGAAAGGGGCUCUGCAGGAGAGAAGGGCUCAGAGGGAACGGCAGGAAACGAUGGAGCGAGAGGACUGCCUGGCCCACUUGGCCCACUUGGACCACCAGGGCCCAGUGGUGAGAAGGGAGAACCUGGACCCCGGGGUGCUCCUGGACCUCAUGGCUCGAGAGCUAGUCCAGGGUCUCGAGGUGAACCUGGUCCGACUGGUCCUGUUGGGUUCACUGGUCCACCUGGUCCUGAUGGUCAGCCUGGAGUGAAGGGGGAGACCGGGGAGCCUGGGCAGAAGGGCGACGCUGGCUCUCCAGGCCCCCAGGGGCUGGCAGGGGCACACGGUCCUAAUGGGCCCGCUGGAGUUGCUGGACUGAAGGGGGGCAGAGGGACCCAGGGAGCUCCGGGCCCGACCGGUUUCCCUGGCUCACCUGGCAGAGUUGGCCCACCUGGCUCCACGGGUCCUGUGGGAGAGCCAGGACCCCUCGGUGCACCUGGAAAAGAUGGUCCGGGUGGUCUCCGUGGAGACCCCGGCUCACCCGGACGGCAAGGGGAGCGGGGGCCGUCUGGUCCGUCGGGAAGCCCUGGCGAUAAAGGCGACUCUGGAGAGGACGGGCCCACGGGCCCUGAUGGACCCCCAGGUCCUGCAGGAACUACAGGACAGAGAGGAAUUGUGGGUCUUCCUGGUCAGAGAGGAGAGAGAGGCAUGGCUGGACUUCCUGGUCCAGCGGGUCCCCCAGGAAAGCAAGGUACCCCAGGAACUCAGGGAGAUAAGGGACCCCCAGGACCCGUCGGAGCACCCGGGACAACUGGCCCUCGAGGGGACCCUGGCCCUGACGGUCAUGCUGGCUCAGACGGACCUCCUGGAAAGGAAGGCGUGAUCGGCGCUAGGGGCGACCGAGGAGAUGCAGGUCCCGAGGGUCUGGCGGGUGCUCAGGGGUCUCCAGGGCCCCCAGGUCCGGUCGGUACCCCAGGUGGCCCCGGGAGGAGAGGAGACGCGGGUUCGAGAGGCCCCGUAGGUCCCCCAGGCUCAGCAGGCAAACGGGGAUUGAUCGGACCUCAAGGGCCCAGAGGAGAUAAGGGGGAUCUAGGAGACCAUGGAGAAAGAGGACAGAAAGGUCACCGGGGGUUCACUGGAUUACAAGGCUUACCUGGACCACCGGGUACAGCUGGUGAACAGGGAGCUCCAGGAAUUGUUGGGCCAAGUGGCCAGAGAGGACCUCCUGGUCCGGUUGGGCCUCCAGGAAAGGAAGGGUACAUCGGACAGCCUGGACCAAUGGGACCACCUGGAACGCGUGGAAUUAGUGGAGAAAUCGGACCGGAGGGACCUCCUGGAGAUCCCGGUCCCCCUGGGCCCCCAGGGUCCCCUGGCCCCCCCACAGCCGCCAUGGAUGACUUGUUCGGCCCGCAAGAUUACGAAGAUAUCGGUCCCCCACCCCCUCCCGAGUUCAGUGAGGACGAGGCCCUUCCGAACAACGGGUCUGCUCCCAUGUUCCAGGCUGACCCGGGGGUCCACGCCACCCUCAAAGCGCUCAGCAGCCAGAUCGACAGCAUGCGCAGCCCGGAUGGGAGCAGGAAGCACCCAGCCAGGACCUGCGAGGACUUAAAGCAGUGCCACCCUCUGAAGAAGAGCGGCGAAUACUGGGUGGAUCCAAACCAAGGCAGCGCAGAGGAUGCUAUCAAAGUGCACUGUAACAUGGAGACGGGCGAGACCUGCAUCUCUGCCAACCCGUCCAGCAUACCCCGCAAAACCUGGUGGACCUCCCCCAGCCCCUCCGACAGCAAGCCCAAGUGGUUUGGAGCCAAUAUGAACGGAGGAGCUCACUUCACCUACGGAAACAAAGACCAGCCACCGAACUCUGUCACCGUUCAAAUGACCUUCCUCCGCCUGCUGUCCAAGGAGGCAUCUCAGACCAUCACCUACCACUGCAAGAAUAGCGUGGGCUACAAGGACGAGGCUGCUGGAAAUCUGAAGAAAGCUGUUAUCCUCAAGGCCGCGAAUGACCUCGACCUUCGGGCCGAGGGAAACAACCGCUUCCGAUAUACGGUCAUGGAGGACAGCUGCUCUAGAGCCACUGGUAACUGGGGAAAGACAGUGUUUGAGUACAGGACACAGAAAACGGCCAGACUUCCCAUAGUGGACAUAGCCCCCGUGGACAUCGGCGGUGCGGAUCAGGAGUUCGGCAUCGACAUCGGGCCCGUCUGCUUCUUGUAAAUCGAAAGGACACGGAUUGCGCCGGGCCUAAUUCUGAGUCUCUCAGACUGACUGCUGACCUGGCCAGCCUUGUACAGACAGUACGGUGGGCUAUUCCAGCCCUUUGGCAAGAUAUUUAUUGUGCCUUUCCAACCUUUUAAGACAUUUCAGGAGAUUUUUUACCACAGUAUAAAUGGAAACAAAAAUGUGAUGCUUGUUUUCAGAAAACGGAGCUUGACACAAUCGUGCAUUGCUCGUGCAGUUAAAAAAAUCCAUGGUCACUGAUCACUUAUAUUAUCAUGCUAGGAUGACGUUUCCUUUAGAGCAGGUGGUGUUAAUUGCAAUGAGGUUUUAUUUAACAGUUUAUGUUAGGAGAUGGCAGUUCACUUAUUGCAUUUUUAGGAUGGUAAAAUUAAUUUGGCUAAAUAAAUCUUCAAUCAAAAAUGCAUUAUGACCUAUUGUCAUUAUCAUUAACUGCUGUUUGAAGAUGCAUACCACUUUAGCAGUAAAACGCCAAAACGGUUUAAAAAUAAAAAUCUAUUAACCUAUUAAACAUGUAUUGCUUUUUGUUUUUGUAAAAAAAAAUUAUAGUUUUGCUCAGCAAAAACAAAUACAGGAUGAUCUAUUCUAGGUACAAUAGUUUUUUUUUUUCCUAUUUUUGUUAUUUUUGUCUGUUUGUCAGUUUGUGUAAGUAUUGGUGCUACAGAGAAAACUGUUCUGACUUGCAGUAGAAGAGGGCAUGCUCCUGCGACAGGCAGUGUUUAUGGAAACGGCCCAGUGUUCAGUUGCUUUUAUUCUACCCUGGCGUUCCGCGUGGUGCCGCGAGAGAGCAGAUCCCUUAAUGUAAGCUACCUCGUCUCAACUAACUGGGAUGUUUUCAUUACUUAAGCCAUUUUUCACAGGUGCUGUGUCGAAGCAGGGAUCAUGUGUACUUUCUCCAGAAAAGUCAAAGUUUUUUGGUGAUGCUAAUAAAGAUCUUUCUCUCACUGGUUAUGCAACAGAUUCAACGUCUCCUGAAAAUUAUGUUGUAAUAACUGUUUAUUGGCAGCGGUGCACACUAUUUCUAAUCAUCUGUAUGUUUUAUGAAGCAUGCAGGUGGCCUUUUUAGGUAGCUUGCUUUAUCCUCAAUUCCUGACCUUUUCUACGUUGACUUUAUCAUUUUUUAAGCCCUUUCAAAAGGUAACCAUGAAUGUUUACUUUUAUGUAUUUUGCUAUGCGACCAAUUAAACAAAUGCUUGUUUAUCCUUACUGCUGCUUUUGUCAUAUUAAUCAAAUCUUUAUUUAGAGGAAGCAUCCAGUUCUAAUGUUAAUAUCAAUAUAGGUCAUAUUUGCAUGGAAAUGCGUAUUGGUAGCAUAGUGAUACAGGUUGGUUUGGCUAAUUCUACCAGUGAUGUUUGUACUGUUCAAAGUUGCAAAGUCUUCUUCUUUUGUUUUAUUAUGUGUGUAAUUAUCGCAAUGGCUGUUUGUGAAAUAUCUGUACCUAGAGUCAAACAUUUUUCAGUAAUAUACUCUGGAAUAUAUUAGCUAGAGAGCAUUUGCCGGAGGCCAGAGGGAUGUUCAAACAUUAAUCAGAUAUGUCCCUCUGUUUUUGCAGAGGGUUUAACUGAACAUCUGGUCCAGUUUUGGUUUCUCCCAGACUAUUUUGUUGAUAGUUUGUUGUUUAGAGCUUCUCUCUACAGACCCAUGCUAUCAUAUGUCAGGGAGCACAUCAUAUUUGUUUCUUUCAGUAUUCAGGGGAAGCCCAGUCUGGAAGUAUGAUAGCAUGCUUUCAUAAGGACUUAAGCAGGUCUGAAAGGACCCCCGCCCCAUAAAUAAACAGAUAAACAGACAGAUGAAUAAAUGUAUUAAUCAAUAAGUAAAUAAAUAAAUAUGUUUUAAAAAUGUGCAGGCAGCACCUAAGAAUAUCUAGGACUGAAUGUUCCCUAAUUUGUAAUAAACUAAUGGUGAAAGAAA